AUGGCUUCGUCCGGCUCCAGCAAUCUCCCGACGAAGGAAGUCCCAGGAUCAUACGGCCUGCCAGUCGUGGGUGCUCAAAAGGACAACUUGGACUUCCUCCACCUCCAAGGCGAGGUGGAGUUUUUCAAGAGCAGGGUGGCCAGGUACAAUAGCACCGUCUUCAAAGUUAACUUCAUCCCGGGAAAUCCAGCCUUCCCGGAUCCUCGCGGCAUCGCCCUCCUGGACCAGAGCUCCUUCCCGGUCCUGCUCGACAGCUCCAAGGUGGACAAGACCAACGUGUUCACGGGCUCCUACAAGGCAUCCGACGAUUUCACGGGAGGAUACCGGGUGCUGUCCUACCUCGACACCACCGAUCCCAAGCACGCAACGCUCAAGAACUUCGCCUUCGAGGUGCUCAAGCGAAAUGGCCGCAAGUUCCUGCCUGAGUUCCAGUCGGCCUCCCACGCCGCGUUCGAUGCCGCCGAGUCGGAGCUCUCGUCCGGGAAGAACAAGGCCGACAUGUUCGCGCCGGUAGCGCCUGGCAAUAGCACUCCACUGCCCGGAUUCGCCGAGGACGUCGUCAUACGUACCGCGCCACUGCCAUUCCUGCUCGUCAAGGCCGACUACGACAAGCUCUGCGAGUUCUUCCAGCUCGCCACUGAGAUGCUCGACAUGGGCGAGAAGGAGUUUGGGCUGUCGCGAGAGGAGGCCGUGCACCAGCUGCUCUUCCUCGUCGGGAUGAACAGCUGGUUUGGAUUCAGCGCCAGAGUGCUGCCCAAUCUUCUCUACCGUGUUGGAACUCUCGGGGCCGAGUUCCAGAAGAGGCUCGGGGAUGAGAUCCGUGCUGCGAUCGACGUGAGCGAUCCGGCGGGGUCGUUCUACGGCGCACUGGAGAAAAUGCCACUGCUCAAGUCGACUGUGCUGGAGGUCUUCCGGUUUGAUCCGCCCGUGCUCUACCAGUACGGACGCCCCCGGGAGGAUAUGGUGGUGGAGUCACACGAUGCGAAGUUUGUGAUCAAGAAGGGACAGCUCUUGGGUGGGUCGCAGGCACUGGUUUGCCGAGAUCCAAAGGUGUUUGAGGAGCCGGAUCAGUUGAUCCCGGACAGGUUUGUGGGGAAGGAGGAGCUCCAGGCGAAUGUGUUUUGGUCCAAUGGAAGGAAUACGAAGUCACCGACCGCGGAUGACAAGCAGUGUGCUGGGAAGAAUUUUGUGGAGACAAUCGCCAGGUUCUACCUGGUGCAGUUGUUUGCGAGAUACAAGACUUUUGAGCUGAGUGAGGACUCCACACUCAACACUCCGUUUCUCAAGUCAUUUGCACGAAAUUAG